GCCAGAAAGAUAGCAGACGAAUUAUAAGGUCAUUUUAUAGGGGAAGGAAAGUAUGGCUAAUAAACAGAGUCUAGAGAAAAUGCGGCAGAUUUUUCAUAUUGUAACCAAAGCAAAAAAUUUUGAUCGUGUAAUUGGAAAAGUAGGUAGUUAUUUUUGCUCAUUUGUUUUUAUGUAUAUUCUUAGAUAAAAAAAAUAGUCUGCAAUGUAAUUCUUUACAUCGACAGGCGAAACUUAUUGAUGGAGGAAAUGGUCGAUGCAUUUGUGAAAUGAAGGUUGAAGAAGAACAUGAAAAUAGAGGGCAGACUCUUCAUGGUGGAAUGACAGCUACGCUUGUUGAUAAUAUUUCUACGAUAGCUCUGAUGUCAUAUAAUGAUGGAACUCCUCCAGGCGUUAGCGUCAAUAUGAAUAUAAGGUAUUAUUUCAAAUGCAGUAAGCUGUUUGAAAAUAUUUUUAACUUUUUACAGCUAUCUCAAAGCAGCUCCAAGCAAUACAACAAUCGUUAUUGAUGCAAGAACGCUUAGAGUAGGAAAACGAUUAGCUUAUUUAAGCGUUGAUGUUACAAAUAAAGAAACAAGUGAAUUAAUAGCCCAGGGACAACAUACUAAAUUUAUUGGUUCUUGAAAAGUUUAAUAUUAUAUUAUAUGAUAAGCAAUAAAUGUUCUCAAAAACUAAAAAAAUUAUCGAAUUUGUAGUAAACAAACUAGGCAUACAUUAUAAGCCAAAAGGCCUCACUGACCACUUAAUCUUAAGCGGACUUUGAACACUUCGUGGUUCCUUAUUCAAGAACAUUAUUUGUUGAAAUAUUUUGGAUUGUUAUACAAUGAUUGCAGCGAGAGAAAGUGUCAAACGCUUAGUGAAUGCUCUAGGAACUGUAUCCUGUCGAUGUCCUGGGCACUCAAGCGGAUCGGCAUUCUUAAACAGCGAUGCGUCUAUGAAAAAAGAGUAUGCUUACGAGGUAGCUGCAUCAAACAUCAGAUAUGGGCCUGGAGUUACAAAAGAAUUAGGAAUGGAUCUUAAGAAUCUUGGAGCGAAAAAAGUUUUGCUAAUGACUGAUAAAACAAUAGCCCUGCUACCUGCCAUGAAGGCUGCCAUUGAAGCUUUGCAUAAAAGCUCAAUAAAUUUCGAGGUUUUCGAAGACGUUAGAGUAGAGCCUAAUGACCAUAGUUUCCAAAGGGCCAUUGAAUUUGCAAAAAAUGGUAGUUUUGAUGCUUUUGUUGCAGUAGGCGGAGGUUCUGUGAUGGACACCUGCAAAGUAGCAAAUUUAUGUGCUUCUAACCCUAAUGCGGACCUUUUGGAUUUUGUAAAUGCACCGAUUGGAAAGGGGCUAGCGAUUACGCAUGAUUUAUAUCCAUUAAUAGCAGUUCCAACUACAGCUGGAACUGGUAGCGAAACAACAGGAACGGCAAUAUUCGACUUUACUGAAAUAAAAACAAAAACUGGAAUUUCAAGUCGAAAACUAAGGCCAACACUAGGCUUGGUUGAUCCAUUGCAUACUUUGACUAUGCCUGAGAGAAAGUCUUUAUUGAAAGAAAUUUUAAGUCAUGCUCUAGAAUCAUAUACUGCUCUACCAUAUUUUGAACGGGAGCCAAGACCGUCAAAUCCAAAACUACGGCCAGCUUAUCAAGGUAGCAAUCCCAUUUCAGAUGUAUGGUCAUUGCAUGCCUUAAAAGUUGUAGCAAAAGCUGUUCAAGACUGUGAAGAUUUUGAGGCAAGAUCAGAAAUGCUGUUAGCAAGUGUUUUUGCAGGUAUUGGAUUCGGCAAUGCUGGGUGUCAUUUAUGUCAUGGAAUGAGCUAUCCUAUUGCUGGAAAUGUUCAAUCAUAUAAAGCCAAAGAUUAUCCUACGGACCAUGCAAUAGUUCCUCAUGGAUUAUCAGUCGUGCUUACUGCUCCUGCUGUAUUUGAGUUUACCUAUGCAAUGUGUCCAGAUCGUCACUUGGAAACUGCAGAAAUUUUGGGGGCAGAUAUCCGUAAUAAGAAACAAAAGGAUGCUGGAAAAAUACUAUCAGAUCAACUGCGGCGAAUUAUGCAAGAUCUGAAUGUUGAUGAUGGUUUAAAUAGUAUUGGUUACUCCAGAGAGGACAUACCUAAGCUUGUUAAGGGAACACUACCACAGGAAAGAGUCACUAAAUUAGCUCCGAGAGCGCAAACGGAGGAGGAUCUGUCGAAUUUAUUUGAAAAAUCUUUGAAAUGUUAUUAA